AGCUGGAACAACACGUUCUUUUAGUCUACUCUGCAGAGAUGAGAGUGUAGUAGCGUACGUGACUUCUGAUCGCAUCUCGUGACGCAAAACGGUUACACAGAAACGAAGUUUUAUACCUGCUUUAUCGAACUUGGCCAUGACGUUGAAUAUGUCAAACUGGGUUCAAUCUCCUACGUGUUUUAUAUGAAAUCCAUUUUGAUAAAUGGGAGAGCUUGUCCUGCUUUAAAAAUGAUGGAAUUUUGAAUUUUAGUAGACGUCGUUUGUUAUCCAGCUUUCAGACUUAAAAUUUUUUUUUUGUUCAAUGAGAUCAAAGCCAACGUCAUCCUCGUAAAAGUGUUCCAGGACAUUAACUAUUUACGCCUACAGUACAACACGGUACCGAUUUUUUUAGCGGAUGUAUUGGGUCGCCUAGCGACUUCGAUUAGCUGCUUGUGUGACCCUCGUACAGUGUUCAUUCGCAGUCUAUUCAAGUGUUUUAUGUUCCACGAUACUGAGUUUUCUCGUACAACUGUCCAGCAACCAUUUCUACCAACGUCACAUGGCUGUUACAAGUGUCGUCAAAGACCCCAAUAUAGAACGGGCGUUCACCUUCUAUAAAUGGAUUUCUGGCAGGCCUUUUUAAAAGCAUGUUCCUGAUUCAUUUCUUAACUAAUAGACCCAUGUAGUUCUAUUUGAAUCCCACAAAUUGUUAAUUCAAUUUCUACUUUGCAGAGUAGACAAGACAAUACUGUCAAAUACUGUCAACCGCCACCAGUGUCGGCCUAUGCAUGACUAGGUCAACCGGUUGACGAAGUGAAUCCUCAUUCAACGUUUGCGAGCAAGUUGCCCAAGUUUUGUGUGUUGGCUAAACAUUCCGGUUGGUUUACUUUUCAUUUUCGUUUUUGCGGUGAAAUACACAAAUACCCAUGCGUCCAAAUCUAACCAGAGGAUUUCCGAAACGAUAAGAUGCGCGCGCAAAGAGAAAAAUCCCUGUUUUCUUUGAGUUCGAAAUUCCCACAUCCACCACCGCCGUCUGUAACUAUAGACCUUUUAUUAACGGUCUGAUCUGCGUCUAAUCUUCAGACUUCAGUACAUUUGUUCACGCCGUCCGUCUCGUCCGUUAUUUCCCUAAUUUGCAUCUGCGUUCAAAGAGAGGAGUAUCCCGUUCCACACUGUGUAUUUGCUUGGUUGAUUUAGCUUGAAAUUAGAAUAUGAUUUUCACCAAACAAGGACAUUAUCAAGCCUUCCUUGAUGACAAUAAAAGCGUCAAACACUUACUCAUCGGGUCCUUAACUGGUCUGCUGUUUCGUGAAACCUACGACGUCCAACGUGAGCUAAUCAACAACUUGAACGACGAAAGGAAAAGCUUCUUUUUGCAACAUAUUGAACGAUCAAAAAUGCGACUUCAAAACUUGAAAUCCGGAUCCAUGCGAUUGACGAGUGCGGAGGCAAUUAUACCUCAACCGGAGGAAGCGCAAAAAUGGUCCGAAUCCUUUACCGUCCUCGUAGCAUCUAAAUAUGGAUCGGCCCUUUAUCACGCUUUUCUCCUACGAGAAUUCGGCAAUGAGAACUUGGAAUUUUGGCGAGCGGUCGAGGAGUACAAGCAUUUGAAACCACAGGAAAUGGAAGUUAAAGCGUCAGAGAUUUACAAUGAAUUUGUGGCUGAUAAAGCCCCUAAACAAGUCAACUUGGAUGCCGAGACGAGACUGACUACAUUGAACAACGUCCAAUCGAAAAUUAUUGACCAGCACACUUUUGAUCGCGGUCAAAGGAGAGCACAACACAUGAUGGAACGUGAUUCUUAUCUGCGUUUUCUCCAGUCGAGGUUAUUCCUAGAACUCGCAUAUCCAGAACGAUUUUAGCCGAACGACGUCCGCUUCCGCCUCUCCGUUGAUCUCUCUAUUUUUUAUCGGUCAUUUGAUACCCACUCUAUUUGUUUUCCUGAAAAGCAUAAGUCCCCAUCUAGUUCUGAAUUUCAUGAGCGAAAAGAGCCACCAACAACUUUAAAUGUAGUUAAUUUUCAAAGAAACAAGCUUCGUCGUCUUCGUUUCAGUUUGAUGGUCUGUGGUUGUGCAUUUCAACAAGAUUUAGAGGAAAGAUAACCGAUGAAAAGGCCCAAAUAUAAAUUGAA